AUGACUUGUCGCUUUAGAUGCUUGUACUUCAAUGUGUUUGCGUUGUUGGUGUUUCUGGUGCCACAGGGUUCAACGCAUACUGAUAAUUCCGAUGUUAGAGCUCUACAAGAUCUGUAUAGGUCUUUUAAUACGCCACCUCAGCUCAAAGGAUGGAAAUCAAAUGGUGGUGAUCCAUGUCAAGAAUCAUGGACUGGAAUUUCCUGUGCUGGUUCUUCAAUCAUCCAAAUUAAACUUGACAACCUAAACAUCACUGGAAACCUUGGUUAUCAGCUCAAUAAUUUCCAUCACUUGAAGCAACUGGAUGUGAGCAACAACAACAUUUAUGGUGAAAUUCCAUACGGUCUACCUUUGAAUCUAACUCAUUUAAAUUUGGCUUGCAACAACUUAAGUCAAUACAUACCUUACUCAAUCUCUUCCAUGAAAAAUCUUCGACACAUGAAUUUGAGCCACAAUUUUUUGUCAGGGCCUGUUGGGAAUGUAUUUACAGGCUUAUCAUGUCUCAAAGAAAUGGACCUCUCAUACAACCAAUUUAUCGGAGACCUACCAAGUUCAUUUGGAACACUGAGAGGCCUAUCAAGACUGUUCUUGCAGCAUAAUGAAUUCACAGGGUCAGUCAUCUUUCUAGCAGACCUUCAACUAACGGAUCUGAACAUACAAGAUAACCAUUUCAGUGGAAUCAUUCCAAAACAAUUCCAAACUAUACACAAUCUAUGGUUUGGAGGUAAUAUGUUUGAUAAAGGGGACAACAGUCCACCAUGGGAUUUCCCCAUGGAAAAUCCAAAUGAGCAGCAAAACAAUACUUCUCCACCAUCUACAGAGUCAUCAAGUGCAGUCAAGAGUUAUCCUUUGACUGAGCCUGUCAACCACAAGAAGAAAAAAUCAGGCCACAUGGUCAUUUUUUAUGGUGUAGGUGCUCUUAUGGCAGCAUGUUUAGUAAUCUUCAUUGUGAUUCGCUUGCGUAAUCAUUCUAGAAAGCUUAGAAGACCAGCCAGCAGUGAAGGGUCACAACCCUCUCUUCCAGUCAGUAUGCCCAGAGAUUGUUCAUCUACAGCUCUUGAUGAGAGCCCAGAAGUGUCAGUUAUCAGCUCACCCACCACUGGCCCAAGGCAUGCAGCUCCUGUUCGUACAAAAGUUGUGAGAGUGAAUAGAAGAAGAAGUUUUGCUAAAAAGAGUAGAAUGCCAAUUGGUGCAACUUUAUACACAGUGGCAGAAUUGCAAUUAGCAACAAAUAGCUUUGAUCGAAGUAAUUUCCUAGGAGAAGGCUCUCUCGGAUCUGUGUACAAAGCAGAGUUUCCUGAUGGACAAGUGUUUGCAGUGAAGUGUAUAAACACGGUGGCAUUAUCUCUUCACGAAGAACAGCAGUUUUUGGAGGUGAUUUGGAAUGCAUCGCGUGUAAGACAUCCAAACAUCAUACAGCUUCAUGGAUACUGUGUAGAACAAGGGCAGCAUAUGCUUGUGUAUGAAUAUGUAAGAAAUCUGUCUCUUGAUUAUGCUUUGCAUUCGGAAGCAUACAUGCCUUUAUCUUGGGGGCUUCGUCUUCGAAUCGCUCUUGGAAUCGCUCGAGCUUUGAACUACUUGCAUACGACAUGUGCGCCUCCUUUAGCUCACAGAAAUUUGAAGGCUGCUAAUGUUUUACUUGAUGAAGAUCUAACGCCUCGGAUCUCCGACUGCUAUCUCGCUGUUUUGAAGCCCCUAACAAUCAGCAGUGCUAGAGCUCAGGCUUCAGAGACUGAUACUGGUGGCAUUUCUUAUGAACACACAAAACCUGGAACUGGUAACCAAAAGGACGACGUUUAUGCGUUUGGAGUGCUGCUUUUGGAGAUUUUGACUGGAAGGAAGCCGUUCGAUGGAGAUCCACUGAGAGACGAGAGUUCGCUAGUGCAAUGGGCUUCUUCCCGGCUUCAUGACAGUGAAUCGUUGGAUGAAAUGGUUGAAGCAGGCAUCAGGAAGACAAUUCCCCCAAAGGUUCUGUCGCGAUUUGCUGAUAUUGUGUCGCUUUGUACUCAGGCGGAGAGGGGAUUCAGACGUUCGAUGACGGAAAUCAUGGAGUCACUGGGGCAAAUGCUGGAAGAGUACCGGAGAAUGAGAACGGGGGUGGAUACUGAUUUUGAUCCGUAUGAGAGGAAAGAGGACUUCGCACGCCAUACCGAUCCUCUUCAUCGUCGCCUUUCUUGUGCUUCUCCUGCAGUUACCUGUAGUGGGAGAAACAUCUUGCAAAGAACAAAAGGGAUCUAUUGA